UCAUAAAUCAAAUUCACAGUGGCAAAUGACUAAGAAUUGUUGUACUUCUCCAUCAAUCAAGUGUCUUAUUAUGAAACGUCACUUUCAACACCGAUGUCACAAACAAACAAGGUGCGUUAACAUAGAAAACAUUCGGCAUACAUUUCCGCAUCACUGGCCGAGUCAUGGUUGGGUCACGGAUGAGACGCGCGCGUGUACAAGAUCGAUUCAAGGAAAUAAACGAGGAGACAGAGGGGCGGAUUGAGAUGAGAUUAUAAAAAGACCGGAGAUCCGUUGCUUACAGUAGUAUAAUUGAGAAUUUCAAGAAGAAAAAGGCGCCAUGUACACAGCGGACCUGUUUUUCGGCAGCUAUAUUGUAGCGGCUGUCCUCAAGUGUUGCACAUGUGCACUCAUCAACAUCCGACCAUACCAGGCGGCUAUUCUGCAGGCGCACAAUUUAUAUAGAAGCCGAGAACCCGCCGCGAACAUGCGUGCUUUGGUUUGGGACAACUUCCUCGCCUACCGAGCAGCGCAGUGGACCGAGACGUGUUAUUUUGAACAUCAGCGGCGCGGCUUCGGGGAGAACCUAUCCUACUUCACGAGUACCGGGCCGCCACUUUCGUCGCGUACGGCUGUGCAGCGUUCCAUCGGCCUCUGGGCAGCGGAAAGACCUUUAUGGGGUCGGGGUCCACAGUGCGGAGCCGCCUGCCACUAUACACAGCUGAUAUGGGCCACAACGACGCGUGUAGGAUGCGCACUGAGUUAUUGUCCCUCCCUGCGAGUAGGCAUGAGUCAGAUACAAAGGAACUCCCAGUAUUUCGCCUGCUUUUACUCGCCGCCCGGAAAUUUCAUCGGCCAACUACCGUUCAUCCCGGGCCCGAGGUGUUCCCGCUGUGGGCGUGGCCAGGCCUGCGUCCGGGGACUGUGUUCUCCUAUGCCUUUUGGACGCCGGCGAAGACGCUCAGCCAAGUUAUCGACCAAGUCGGAGUUCCUCGGAAUAGUUCAUGAAAGAUCGGACGGGGUUUAAAACAUGAAAUUACAUAAACGAACAGUCUAUUCACGAACAUCACAAUGCAACCCACAUGUGUCGUUGGUUUUGUUUGAGAAUAUUUGUAGUGUUCGUGCCUGGCGAGACAUGCACGGCUAUUUACAAUAUGCCUAAUGGCAAAUUCUGCAUGUUACCCAUAUACUACAUAAGUAAACGUUAUUCAGUAAAACAUUUUCAAUUUCUGAUAAAGGCGUAACAAUUCACAAGUGGUGCAGGUUUAUAUUUACAAGUAUAAUCAGUAAAAAGUACCAAUACGCGUUAAAACAAGUAUUACAUAAGUUUAAUUUAACCCUAUUUAUAUUAGCACAAUUGCAUCGAAAUCCUUUAGAUUGCAGAAACAAUCCCCGAGUCCGUUUCCAGAGGAGAACCAGUACUGGGUGUUUUUGAAGGAUCUGAAGAACGCUCACAGAGUUGGACUCGAACCCCUGACCUCGGUCGCAUUGCAGACACUAUCCAUAACACAAUUGCGGUCGAAAGGUUUAUUUAAGGGAGAUUUACUUUAAUAAGUCCGAUAAUAUAUUUCAACCAAUAACAACAGAAUACAUUAUAAAAGAGGCACCAAUUAAUGUAACAGGAAAAUCAGAAGCGUCGCAAACUAAUUAUGCAAUCUGAAGUUAAAGUGUCAUACUUUUCAUUAUAAAUAUAUUUUUAAAAUAAAAAAAAACACUUGAUAUGCACCCUUAAACAAUCGGCAUAUG